AUGGGUAUAUUUUCAGUGGCAUUUGGGGUUCUGUUGGUAUCAAUACUUACAUGGGUGCAUGUAGUGAGUGGGAUUGGUGCUAACUGGGGCACACAGGCAACCCAUCAACUCCCUCCAGAUACAGUGGUGAGACUGCUAUGGGAAAAUGGGAUUCAGAAGGUUAAGCUUUUUGAUGCCAGUUAUGAUACUCUAAAAGCUCUGGGAAAGUAUGAGAUUGAGGUUAUGGUGGGUAUCCCCAAUGAUAUGCUUGCUUCUAUGGCUAGCAGCAUGAAGGCUGCAGAGAAAUGGGUUGAUAAAAAUGUCUCUACUCAUAUGACCACCAAUAAUGUCAACAUCAGGUAUGUUGCGGUUGGAAAUGAACCUUUUCUGCAAACAUACAAUGGAAGCUUUCUCAGAAUAACCUUUCCUGCUCUCCAGAAUAUCCAAUCUGCUCUGAUAAAAGCUGGCAUUGCCAACAAAGUGAAGGUCACUGUUCCCCUAAAUGCAGAUGUGUACGCGAGCUCGAAUACCCUUCCCUCUGGUGGUGACUUUCGAGCUGACAUCCGCGACUUUAUGAUUCAAAUUGUAAAGUUCCUGAAUGAUAAUGGUUCCCCCUUCACAGUCAAUAUCUACCCCUUCAUUAGCCUUUACACAGACUCCAAUUUCCCAGUUGAAUAUGCCUUCUUUGAUGGCAAUGCAUCCCCGGUAAAUGAUGGAGGGACAUCCUAUUACAAUAUGUUCGAUGCGAAUUAUGAUACUCUGGUGUGGGCUCUACAAAAGAAUGGCUUUGGAAACAUGCCCAUAUUAGUUGGAGAAAUAGGUUGGCCAACUGAUGGGGACCAAAAUGCUAACCUACUUUAUGCUCAGCGGUUCAACCAAGGGUUCAUGUCUCAUAUAUCAGGUGGAAAAGGAACCCCAAUGAGACCGGCACCCAUUGAUGCCUAUCUGUUUAGUUUGAUUGAUGAGGAUGGCAAAAGUAUUGAACCUGGGAGUUUUGAACGCCAUUGGGGAAUAUUUACUUUUGAUGGGCUACCAAAAUAUGUGCUUAAUCUUGGUACGACAAAUUCCGGAUCUUUGGUCCCUGCAAGAAAUGUGCACUAUUUGGAGAGAAAGUGGUGUGUGUUGAAGGAAUCAGCGAACCUUACUGACCCACAGUUGGGGCUGAGUGUGACCUAUGCUUGUGAACGUGCUGACUGCACAAGCCUGGGGUAUCGUUCAUCUUGUGGCAAUUUGGCUACCCAGGGGAACAUUUCAUAUGCAUUCAACAGUUACUACCAGACGUAUAAUCAGCUGGAGGAUGCCUGCAAAUUCUCUGGCCUUUCAACGGUCACAAAAGCAGAUCCAUCUGAUGGAACCUGCAGGUUUGCAAUCGGGAUCCAGCCAUACUAUGCGGGUGCUGACCAUAGAUUUGGCUGUAUUCAGAAGACAAUGGUUGGUCUAUUUCUCUUUUUGGUCACCAUUCUGUGA